AUGAGUUGUAGUAUUAAGCAGACACCUGGCUCUCUCAGGGGCAGGACCAGUGGUGGCAGCUGUGUUAUUGGUGGUGGUGGUGGUGGUGGAGGAGCACGGAUCUCCUCGGUCUCUUCUGGAAGAUACACGACUUGCGGGAUAGGUGGUAGCCGAGGGUUUUCUGGUAGAAGCUACUGUGGUGGUGUGAAUUACGGAGGAGGACUGAGCACUGGCAGUUUGGUUGGUGGAAACUAUGGAGGUGGCUUAGGAGCUGCUGUCCUCGGAGGAUGUUCAAGCAUUGGAUUCAGCGGUGGCAGUGCUCGCUUUGGCGGUGGCAUUGGUGGUAUUGGUCUUGGUGGAGGGGUAGUUGGAGGUGGUUUUGCUGGUGAUGGCAUUCUUCUUUCUGGUGAUGAAAAGGUUACCAUGCAGAACCUUAACGACCGCCUGGCUUCUUACCUGGACAAGGUGAGAUGCCUGGAACAAGAAAAUGCUGACCUGGAGUGCAGAAUCAGGGAGUGGUAUGCCAAGCAGGGCCCUUUUUGUGAGCCACGGGACUACAGCUGCUAUUAUAAAGAAAUAGAAGAUCUUCAAAAUCAGAUCGUCUGCGCAACCAUAGACAACAACAAGAUCAUUUUGAACAUUGAUAACAGCAGGAUGACAGCCGACGACUUCCGAGUGAAGUACGAGACAGAGCUGGCCCUGCGCCAGAGCGUGGAGGCUGACAUUAACGGCUUACGCCAAGUCCUGGAUCAGCUGACGCUCUGCAGGUCUGACCUGGAGGCACAGCUGGAGUCGCUGCGGGAGGAGCUCUGCUGCCUGAAGAAGAACCACGAGGAGGAAAUGAACUGUCUGAGGAAACAGUCGACUGGAGAUGUGAGCGUGGAGGUCAAUGCCUGUCCCGGCCCAGACCUCAGAAAGAUCCUGGAGGAGAUGAGGUGCCAGUAUGAAACACUGAUUGAACGCAACCGCAAAGAAGUUGAGGACUGGUAUGAAUGCAAGAUUGAGGAGGUGAAUCGGGAAGUUAUUACAAGCGGUCAGGAGGUAGAGACGUGCAACAACCAGGUUACUGAAUUGAGACGCCAAUUGCAAGCCCUGGAAAUCGAUCUCCAGGCUCAGCUCAGCCAGAGGGACAACCUGGAAUCCUCGCUGGCUGAGACAGAGUGUCGCUACAAUAACCACCUUGCUGAGCUCCAGAGCCAGAUCACAUGCGUGGAGCAGCAACUGGCUGAUCUGCGUGCAGAAAUGGAGUGCCAGAACCAAGAGUACAAGAUCCUGCUGGACGUCAAAUGCCGUCUGGAGCAGGAGAUCCAUACAUACCGCUGCCUGCUGGAGGGCGGACAACAGGACCUCAUUCAGCAAGGAGGAAUUGGUCAGUCUUCGGGUCUAGGAGGAGGAGUUGCAAGAACAAGUGGAAUAGGAGGAGGAGGUAUCAUUAGAACAAGCCACACUUACACUUCAUCUUCCCAGAUGCCAUCUUGUGCAGCUGCGGAGAUACAAGUGCCUUGCAGAAGGAUUUGUGAUUAA